UUGCCAUCCACCAUUUGUCCGUCGCCAGUAGCCACAGAAUCCAUCGCCAGAGCCAAGAGAGAGAGACAGAGUACUACACUCCACACGCCCGCCGUUCCAUUUCGCUCCGCCCUCCCGCCUUGUCCCGUUGCUGCGUUCCCGCCGGCUCGCCGGGAAGAGCAGUUCGCCGCCGUUGAAGCACCCUCCUCGGUCGCUCGCCGCCAUGAAGAAGGUUGUGCUCAAGCUGGACGUCCACGACGACAGGCACAAGGCCAAGGCGCUCAAGGCCGUCUCCGGUCUCCACGGCAUCGACCAGCUGGGCGUGGACAUGAAGGACCAGAAGAUGACCAUCGUGGGCACCGUCGACCCCGUCGCCGUCGUCGCCAAGCUGCGCAAGCUCUUCCCCGGCGUGCAGAUCGUCUCUGUCGGCCCGGCCAAGGAGGAGAAGAAGGAUGACAAGAAGGACGAUAAGAAGCCCGCCGGAGACAAGAAAGAGGGCAACAAGAAGGACGGCGGUGGCGACAAGAAAGACGGGGAGAAGAAGGACGGCGGCGACAAGAAGCAGCAGGAGGCGAAGCCGCCCAUGUCGGUGUACCCGCCCUACGGCUACGCGCACUACGGGUACCCGCCGCCGCCGCGCUACUUCGUCCGCAGCGCCGAGGAGGACCCCAAUUCGUGUGUCAUCUGCUGAUCGGCAUCGGCGCCCACCCCUGCCCCUUGUACAUUUUGUUGCUGUCCCGGGUGUCCUCCUCUGCUGCCGCCGGCGCUGCCAGUGGACAGUGGUUGGUAGUUGCUCUACUCAUCAGCCUACCUGCCGCAGCGGCAGAUCGACGGCGUGCGUUACAGACAGUUACGUACUUAUAGUAUAAUACGACCGUGUAAUUACCGGUUGCAUCGAUAGCUGCUGUUUGGCUUAUUUUUUGCAAGAUGUCGACUGCCCGAAGAAAGGAUGCAAUACUCGUACUACUACGUGCAUCUGCUCAUCAGUUUGUAGAGUGCGCACACGACAGCGACAAGAACUACUAUAAAGACACAGAACUUUUUGAUA